AUGCCGUCUUCCUCGCCUACCGUCCCCGGUCUGACGAGCGGCGAGUCUUCGUCCGUCUCCUCAGAUACCAGCAUCAGUUCCAGCGGGACUGGCGGCGCUGCUCGUGAAGAAGAAACUGGGAUACCCGUAGGACCAGGAGAGACCGAGACAAGAACAGGGACAGGAUCGCGCAAUCAAAACGGCAGUCGACGACAGAGCCAGCGACAGAGUGUGGAUAGAGAGAGGGUACCGGUGACAGUGACGUCGACGCCAACAUCGGUCAUAUCUGGUCGCACUGGGUCUCGGUCUCGCGCAAGUAUACACGCAGAAGGGACCGCUCCAUCGCGCGCCUCGAUUUCGUCCUGGAGUACCGGCGGCCCGUCCAUUUCCUCCGUACCAUCGCAACCAGCCACACACGAAGAUGAAGGCGGCGAUGGUGAUCAGGACGCAGGCGCAGAUGCGGUCGAUACCCGCAUUUACACUUGUCUCUUCCACAUGCUGGACUGUCAUGAAUCCUUCGCGGAUGAGAAUAACUGGCGCACGCAUGUCCUGAGCCACUUCCGUACACAUCCAACCCCGCGCACAGCUCGAUGCCCCCUCUGUCCGAACAAGUUCGUCGACGGCCAUCCGCACCCGCUCUCCUCACCGAUACCGGGCGAGAAGGACGAGAAAGAGGCCGCUGCCUCGACCGAAGCCGCAGCCGCAGCCGCAGCCGCAGCAGACGAUGACCUCAACUCCCGCACCACAAUCCGGCGCGUGGACUCAGGCACAGAUGUCCGUGACGACGGACCUUAUACGGGACUAGACCUGGAUGCGGACGACGAGCACGGGAAUGACACCAGCUCAGCCUGGAAUAGACUUCUUCAACAUGUCGGAGGGCACUAUCGCGCCGGCCAGACGCUGGCCGGGUCACGGCCGGACUUUGAACUCAUGCGAUAUCUGUAUGGGAGGCGGAUUAUCUCUGACGCGCAGUUCAAGGCGAUGCAGCUUGCGCCGGCGCCGUCGAGCCCUGCCUAUCAUGCUUCGCAGGAUGGGGUGAGGGCUAGUAUUGGGUCGUCGGAUGAGCCGUAUUGUGCGCCUUAUAGUCGGCGGAGGGAGGAGAGGAUGCGGGGCCAGCAGAAGGGGGUCAGUGUUGGUGUUGUUUGA